CGGCUCUUUGGGAGGCUUUUCAUAAAACAAGGCUCAGCUCCUUUAAAGGAGGGCAGUUUUGGAGCGGGCGCUGAGCAGUGCACAUCUAGCCACGGUUCCUGGCCUCCUGCAAACCAGUAAAAAUCCAACAGUCACAUCCUCCCCUAAGCCAGUGCGCAUCGCGGUGCGGUCUGUUUUAUGCCUGCCUCGCCAUUUGAAUCCGAUUUAAAACUCGCCGUUCUCUGGUUUUUCUCUGGGAGUGCGCCUUUCUUUAUCCACUGAGCCUUUUCAAUGUAUAAAAUGGAGUAUUCUUACCUCAAUUCCUCCGCCUACGAGUCAUGUAUGGCCGGGAUGGACACGACGAGCUUGGCGUCAGCCUAUGCGGACUUCAGCUCCUGCAGCCAAGCUAGUGGCUUUCAGUACAAUCCGAUCAGGACCACGUUCGGGGCCAGCUCCGGGUGUCCUUCGCUCACACCGGGAUCCUGCAGUCUCGGGACGCUGCGUGACCACCAAAGCAGCCCUUACGCCGCAGUUCCUUACAAGUUGUUCACGGACCACGGUGGUCUAAAUGAGAAGCGAAAGCAGAGGCGUAUUCGGACCACCUUCACCAGUGCCCAGCUGAAGGAGCUCGAGCGGGUCUUCGCCGAGACCCACUACCCAGACAUCUACACGCGAGAGGAGCUGGCACUAAAAAUCGAUCUUACAGAAGCUAGAGUACAGGUUUGGUUCCAGAACAGACGUGCCAAGUUCCGCAAGCAGGAGCGAGCAGCAGCGGCUGCUGCAGCAGCGGCCAAGAAUGGAUCUGGCAAGAAGUCCGACUCACGGGACGAGGACAGCAAGGACAGUAAAGUCACAGACCCUGACAGCACAGGCGGUCCAGUGCCCAACUCGAACCCGCCUUCUAGCUGUGGUGGGCCAAGUCCAACCGGUGGACAGGUGAACAGCACUGGAAACGGACCGGUUGAGCAAGUGAAGACGUCCGUGGCUAACAUGGGUGGCACCGCCCCAAGUCAAGGAUGGGCCUCGCCUCCAGGCUCCAUCACUUCAAUACCAGACUCACUCGGUGGACCGUUCGCAAGUGUAUUGUCCUCUUUGCAAAGACAGAACGGAGCCAAGGCCACUCUAGUUAAGACCAGCAUGUUCUAGCUAGUGUGAUGGGAAAGGAGAAAUUGUGUCAGAGUGGUGUAUGGACAAAAACAGUUUACCCUUCAUGAUAGAACAGCAAUGACUCAACAGUGGAGGGAUGGCACUGAUUUCUCUUCUCAAGAUUUGAAAACAACUGAAGAGACCAACGCUACUGGUCGUCACUUGAACAUUUGACAUUCGAUGCCGUCCAUCUCAGACUAAAGGCUGGAUCAUCCAAGUGAUUUUUUGUUACCUCUUGUGCGUCGUUUUUUUGUUUGAGAGUAAUUGUGGUCAGUACCAUCUCUGCUAGAUUCAAGUAUUAGUCUACCAUAUGUGCAUCUCUCCAAAACAUCUCCUCGACGGACUGUGCUGAUAUUGUCUGAAAAAAUGGCGCUACUCCUCGACAUUUGUUUACACACAGACUUUUGACAUUUUAUGUGUUAUAGAGUCUGAACCGCAGAUCCCAUAUUCCUCUUUGGAUCGAAUUGAAUGUUUCAUUUCUUUUUUUUAUUUUGGUUUCGAUAAUUUCCCCAACACUUAGCAACCGUUUUAUGGGCUAGAAAAAGAAACGAAUUGUCUUUAUCGGUGACAUUAUUAAGCAAAUUAUUCCCUAAAAUGGCACAAGUAUACAUUUCACUAUUGACAAAAACGUAAAUGUUUUGUGUGUCUUUCUACGGCUGUGUUUUUGUGGCUCAAAUGUAUAGUGUUAAUAUGUAUUCUUGUCCUCGAUAGUCAAACAUAGGCCAUAUUCCCCUUGUAGUUCAUUAAGGGUCUUUUUAAUGUUUUACAAAGCUACCACUGGCAAAUUACUUUUGGGAAAAAGAAGGAAUGGAUGCAAACAUUGUAUUUAUUUCAGUAUUAUUUGCAUGUUGUCCUUUCCGUCCAAUUUUAUAAUAAUUUCCCCUAUUUUGUGAGCAUACUGUAACAUGUUUUGUCCAAGACUUGACAAUUAUUUAUAUGUAGGUAAUGGAUGCUUAUAUUUAAGAAGGAAAUAUUUCUACAUGUGCACAUAGUUUUUCAGGUGUACCAUUGAAAUGGUUGUUGAUGAUAAAAUAAUAAUAAUUAUCAUUA